AAGGAGUUUAAGAAAUAUUCAGCCAAUGAAACUUUAGAAAAGCGUACACUCCGGCGUUAGUGUUUCAGAAACAUGGCCGCCGCAUUAGCUACCGAGUUACCCCAAGGAGGGUUUUCUUUUGAAAACUGCAAAAGGAACUUGAUGUUAGAAAACCAAGGGUUCAAGGCUCCCAAGGUUUACAAAACAGGAACAACUAUUUGUGGUGUUGUCUUCAAGGAUGGUGUUGUGUUGGGUGCAGAUACAAGGGCAACAGAGGACACUGUGGUUGCCGACAAGAACUGCGCCAAAAUACACUACAUGUCCUCUAACAUUUACUGCUGUGGUGCGGGUACAGCAGCUGACACGGAGAUGACAACACAGAUGAUCUCCUCCCAGCUGGAGCUGCACAGACUUAACACUGGCCGUAAGCCACGUGUGUGUACAGCCAACAGACUGCUCAAACAGAUGCUCUUCAGAUACCAUGGUUACAUUAGUGCCGCCCUGGUGCUAGGUGGCGUGGACUCUACUGGCCCUCACCUGUACAGUGUCUGGCCCCAUGGGUCAACGGACAAACUGCCAUAUGUCACCAUGGGAUCAGGCUCCCUUGCUGCCAUGGCUGUUUUUGAAGAUGGCUUUAAAGCAGAUAUGUCUCGAGAUGACGCAGUGCAGUUAGUGCGAGAUGCCAUUGCUGGCGGCAUCUUCAAUGAUCUUGGCUCUGGCAGCAACAUUGAUGUGUGUGUCAUCACCAAGGACAAGACGGACUACAUUCGGCCAUAUGACCAGGCCAACCUGAAGGGAGUCAGACAAGGCUCCUAUCGCUACAAGCGAGGUACAUCGUCUGUGUUGAAGACUGAGGUGAAGAAAGUCGAGUUUGACGUUAUACAAACAGAGGUGCGACCCCAAGCUAUGGACACAGACUAGCCACUGAAAUAGACAGAGGAUGGAGAUAUCUACAUCAUUUAUAUCCAAUGUCCUGUCGAAGACUCAACCAAGUUCUCAGUUCCUGAUUUGCACACAUUGUGCACAUUUGUCCAUCUUGAGUUCAUCAUGCAGAUUGUAUCAUUCAUGACUUGACACCAACACAAAAUAUUACACUGUAACAUAACAUAGAGUUGUUGAGAUUUUGUAUUGAUGUCAAUGCUGUGUUGGUGGCUGCCUGUCUAACAUGGCACAGUAAAUAUUACCCAUUUCUUCUCAUAGCAAUCUGGUCGUUCAGUGCAUAGUUUGAGGUAAGCUGUAUCUAAGUGCUAUGAGUUUGACAGGUUCAUAAUGUUUAACAGUUCAUGUCAGCUGAUGUGUCACAGCUGUGUUGUAUGAAUAAACUUUGUCACUGU